AUGAUCUUGCUGGAUAAUGGGAACAUAGCAUCUGAUGAUGGAGAAUCUGAGGCCGAAGUUGAGACGGAUCAUGAGGAACUUCUGGCUCAAGGAACCUUACUAGUGGCUAGACGAUCUCUAAGACUCCAAUCCAAAGACGCUGAGCAAGAGAAAACCUGUUUCACACCAGCCAGUGAGGUGAUGGUUCAGAAACUCGGUUUAAAAAUGGAGAAGCACCUGAAACCUUACAAGCUGCAAUGGCUCAAUGACAAUGGGGAACUGAAAAUUAAUCAUCAAGUCCGAGUGCCUUUAACCAUUGGAAAAUAUGAAGAUGAGAUACUCUGUGAUGUAUUACCUAUGAAAGCAGGGCACAUUCUCCUCGGCAGGCCAUUGCAGUCAGAUCGAAAGGAAGCUCUUGUGAGCUUAACUAAAUUGACACCGGUUAUACCGAGUGAUAUGAAAUCUCUUUUACAGGACUAUGAGGACGUGUUCCCUGAAGAGAAUCCAAAGAGUUUGCCUCCUAUUAGAGGAAUCGAGCAUCAAAUAGAUUUCAUGCCCGGAGCUUCUCUUCCAAACUGUCCAGCUUAUAGAACCAACCCGGUGGAGACAAAAGAAUUGCAGCGCCAAACCGUCAAAACCGUGAUUGAUAUUCCUGAUGAUCUGUUGAUUAAAGACUGUAAAGAUCCUAUUAAAACGAUCGUCAAAGAAAUUUAUGGGAGUUCGUUUUCGAAAGAGACUGAUCCUAAAUUUUUCCAAGACCGUGCCAUACUGAGUCCAAGAAACGAUGAUGUAGAUACGAUAAAUGAUUACAUGCUUUCAAAGUUAUCGGGUGUUGAAAGGACCUACCUUAGUUGUGAUAGCAUUGAUGCGACUGAAGAAGUUGUCAAUUACAAUGAUGCAUCUGAAGUACCCUCAGAGAGUGUAGCCAGUAAAAAUAAAGGUGUUUCCAACAAUAUGAUUUAUACCGAGGAGUUUUUAAAUAGUAUCAAGAUGUAUGGUUUCCCUAAUCAUGUCCUGAAGUUGAGAGAGGGUACUCCUGUAAUGCUUCUAAGAAAUGUCGACCCUAAGAAUGGGUUGUGUAAUGGCACAAGACUCAUCAUUACUAAGAUGGCUAAUUAUGUUCUCCAGGCUCAGAUAAUAACAGGUAGCAAGGUUGGUGAAAAAAUACUGAUUCCUAGGAUAUUCCUUUCUCCUUCGGAGAUGAAACUUCCUUUCAGGAUGAGACGCAAGCAAUUUCCUAUCACAUUAGCUUUUGCAAUGACUAUAAACAAAAGCCAAGGACAGACACUCGAAAAGGUUGGUUUGUAUCUUCCAAGACCGGUUUUUACUCAUGGGCAACUCUAUGUCGCUGUAUCGAGGGUUACAUCCAGAGAAGGUUUGAAGAUAUUGAUCACCGAUAAAGACAACAAACCACAAAACAAAACAUUGAAUGUCGUCUACAAGGAGGUUUUUGACAAGAUAUGA